AUGGCAAAACGCAUCGCGACCGAGGUCCACAGACAGGCCUCACGUCUCGUCCGUGAAGGCUACAUCAAGAAGGAGCCAGCAUGGCUCCAAGCUGUCCUUGACCACCCUCCCCUUCCUCUCCCCCCCAGAGACCCUGGGCCGCGAACCAGCUUCGACUUGCCGCAGGACGCUUCUGCCACCAAGUCCAAAUCUCACUCGAACGGCCACCCUCCCGCUCGACCGUCACGCAUUCAGUACAUCGAAGACCAGAUUCGCAGGCAGUUCUUCAGCGACCACCCCUUCGAGACCUUCAGGCCAACCACUCUCAUCGAAGGGUUGACCAUCGAGGACGAGCAUCCCAUACGCGGCAAGCAGUGGACCAGACUCAGGCAGCGGGGUCGCAACCCCACUCCAGAGGACGCUAUCCGUUUCGCUGUCAACCUUUACACUGAUCAUAAAGUGCCGUUUUCGCUCGCGUAUGCGACAGCCGUAGCGCAGUUUCGGUCAUUGCGCUCAGAGCAACAGUUCGCGAAACGGUUCGCCCUCUGGGAAGCACGACACUAUGGCAUGAAGUUCGGGCCAUCCCAAGUCGAGAUCACCUUCGAGAAGGAAGAGAAGGCGCUGAACACCUGGGCGAAAAACCAUGAUCAGCGUCUCGAGGAGAGCCUUGCGAGAAAGAGGUGGAAGGCUAUCGUGGAGAGAGAAUCGCCGCCCACAUCCUGGACGAAGGGGCAGGAGUAUACGCGAUUGUGGCAGGAGGGCGUGCGGCCGACCUAUGGCCCGCUGCAAAUCACAUCGCAAGUCGCACCGUCAUUGCCAACGCUGACGCCAGAGCAGCUGCAACAGAAGGCUAUGGAAAGGCGGGUACGCAAAACAGAUGUCUUCAAGACCCUACAGCGGGUCGAGCCUGCACACGUAUGA